CAUCAGAUCGGCAGCAGUCAGUCAGUGGGGUCUGAGGACUACCGAGGGCUGCUCACAGGAUGAUUGCGACACAAGCCAUGGACAACCAGACGGAGAGGAGUGAAUACGGCGCGUACUUCGCGCCGCUUAGGUCAAACGGCAUCGACGGCGUCGAGAUGCUCGGCGCCGGGCUGACGGGCGCGGACCUGGCCGCGGUGCCCGAGCACUGGCUCUCGUACCCCGCGCCCCCCGCCGCCGCACACACCGCGCUCUGCCUGCUCUACAUCUUCCUCACCGCCGCUGCUCUCAUUGGGAACGGUCUCGUCAUCUUCAUAUUCUCCACAACGAAAAGUCUUCGCACGCCCAGCAACCUUUUGAUAUUACAGCUGUCGAUAUUCGACUUCAUAAUGAUGGCGAAAGCACCUAUAUUCAUUUACAACAGUGCCAUGAGAGGCUUCGCGCUAGGGGAGCUCGGGUGCCAAAUAUUUGCUCUAAUGGGCGCCUACAGUGGAAUCGGGGCUUCAAUGACCAACGCUGUCAUCGCCUUCGAUAGACAUUCAACCAUAACACGACCUUUAGACGGCCGUCUAUCGAAAGGGAAGGUGCUUCUGCUGAUGGCGUUGGUUUGGAUCUACUGCACGCCAUGGGCUCUACUGCCGCUGCUUAAAAUCUGGGGCCGAUUUGUGCCAGAGGGCUACCUAACGUCCUGCACGUUCGACUACCUGACCAACACAUUUGACACGAAGCUGUUUGUGGGCUGCAUUUUCACAUGCAGCUAUGUAUUCCCCAUGUCUGCCAUCGUCUACUUCUACAGUGGCAUUGUCAAGCAAGUCUUCGCGCAUGAGGCUGCUUUAAGAGCACAGGCCAAGAAGAUGAACGUAGAAUCCCUGCGAUCGAACCAGCAAGCUAACGCCGAGUCCGCCGAAAUCCGGAUAGCCAAAGCUGCCCUCACAGUGUGCUUCCUCUUCGUCGCCUCGUGGACGCCGUACGGCAUCAUGUCGCUUAUCGGCGCGUUCGGGAACCAAGACUUGCUGACACCUGGGGUGACAAUGAUUCCCGCUGUGGCGUGUAAAGCUGUCGCGUGCAUAGAUCCCUGGGUUUACGCCAUCAGCCAUCCAAAAUACAGGCAAGAACUCCAGCGCCGCAUGCCUUGGCUACAAAUCAACGAGCCCGACGACACGGCGUCCACGGCCACCACGAACACUUCUGCACCACCUCCUGCUUCUGCUUAGCCUAAUUAAGAAAUAAUCUACUUGAUAAAGAUGAGAUAACAUUUUCGUUUAAUCGUCUGACCGCGGUCUUUACACCAGGGGUUUCCAAAAAGCAUAUCGCGGUCCAGAACCGGAGCGCUGUCCUAUUUAAUGAGGACCGCGUUUUGAUGUGCUGCCGCGCCGUCCGGGUCGCGGUGGUAAUUUUUUUAAUCGGACCCCUUUAUACCUCUUAAUCGGGGACCCCUACCUUACAUUAUAACCUGUUGCUCGAAUAGCGCAAAAAGUUUAUAAUAUAAAUCAUAGUUUGAUUUUGUACAUAAGUAAAUCAUAACUAUUUUCUACACAUGAUUUGAAGAAAAAAUCAAACAGGCUACUUAUUUAAUAAUUUACAUAGGUACCUAAGUAGUUAAUAGAAACAUUCGAAACCUUAUUUAUUUAACCUAAUUUUUUUUUUCGGAAUGGUAGAGCAUUUAAGUGACCCUGGCUAACACCGAUGGAUAACUGAUUAUAAUGACUAUAGCGAUUUUAAAAGGACUUCGAAAGGAAAACGUAUGUGCCUAUAAUUAAAAAAUGUGUAUCAUUAUUUUAGUAUUUGCAAACUUGCCACAGAUUGUGCCAGUAAUCUAAGUUUAUUAAUAAAUACAUAUAUUUGAGGUACAAUGUGGUAAAAA